UCACUCACCUAAGGAGUGACGCCAACAUCUCGCGCAAAGUUUUGGGCUCAUAGCCAAGCACAGUCGCGAGCCGACCUUGUUAUUCCCUUUUGCUACCUUGCGCCAAUGUCUACGCGCUGAAGUGAUCGUACACAUCUGCCGAAAGUGUAGCCACCGGCCCAGCUGAGUACUGCUUUUUAGACAAAAAUGGGUAGCUUCGACCAGGCCAAAGCGUACGCGCCGCAAGAGGACACCUUCUUCGACGAUGGCCGCGAAAUUGAGCUUCUCCAUUUUGUGUACUCGCAUCCAGACCUGAAACGUAUUCGAGGCUCGCCCCAGAAGGUUCUUGCCGCCAUUGACGAAUAUGCAAGGACGAAGAAGUACUUGAUGAAUGUGGGAGAGGAUAAGGGGCGCAUCGUCACGGAUUUGAUCGCAGAAGUGAAGCCAGAGACCAUGGUUGAACUUGGAGGCUAUGUGGGCUACUCGUGCAUCCUCUUCGGCGACGCAGUACGCAAAGCUGGCGGUCGACGUUACUAUAGCCUGGAGCGCAAUCCGGAGUUCGCCGCCGUCAUAAUGUCUCUCGUUGAUCUCGCCGGCCUCUCGGACCUCGUCAAAGUCGUGGUAGGGUCCAGCGACGAAUCCGUCGCACGGCUACACUCAUUCGGAGCCCUCAAACACAUCGACUUGAUGUUCCUCGACCACUACAAGCCCGCAUACACGACUGACCUCAAGCUCUGCGAAGAGUUGAAACUGGUGACGCCAGGCUCAGUUUUAGCAGCCGACAACGUCAUCAAGCCAGGCAACCCGCCGUAUCUGGAAUACGUUCGGGGUAGCGUAGAAGAAAAGAGGAAGAAAUUUAAAGAGAAUCGAGAUGGGGUUACGGUCGAGGGGAUCGCUGAGCGGACCGUGAAGCAGUAUGCAAACAAGUAUUCAGAGGAAAAGUUCAGCCAAAGCCAGGGGAAUCCGAAUCUGGCAUACGAUAGUAAGCUGGUGAACAGCUACGAGCCUACCGGAGUUCCGAAUCUUCUCCUUGUCUUUCUUAGUUUCAUAUGCAUUCCGAUAUCUAGUGCAAUCGUAUUCUUCAGCCUCAUAAGCUCCAAACUUCGUCCGCAGCCACGUCCCCUUCGCCCUCACGAUGCCCUUAAAACCAUCCUCGUAACCGGCGUCUCCAUGACUAAAGGCCUAACCAUCGCACGCCUCCUUUCACAACACACCCCGCACCGCAUCAUCGGGGCGGACAUCUCGUCCUUCUCCCCAGGCCGCUUCUCAGCCUCCCUGUCUUCCUUCUACAAACUCACGCCACCGGAUGGCAAGGAUGUAGAGCCGUACAUCGACUCCCUGCUCGAGUUGAUCCUCGAUCAGAAGGUCGAUUUGUGGAUUAGCUGCAGCAGCGUUGUGGCUGCGGUGGAAGAUGGCGAAGUUGUAAGAUUGGCGGAACGAGAGAGGGGAGCAGCGUUCAAGGCUGUGCAAUUCCACGACGAAGUUGUGGGCGUGCUGUAUGAGAAGGAUCUGUUCAUCGAAUACAUCGCGUCCCUGGGCCUAUUGGUGCCGGAAUCCUACCGAUGUACGAGCGCAGAAUUGGUGCUCAGCAUCCUUCUCAACCAGCAGCAAGACGAGAGGAAAAAGUUCAUCCUCAAACCGAUUGGUGUGGGUGAUAAGGCGAGGGGCAAUAUGAUGACGCUCCUGCCAUUCCCUUCUCCGCAGGAUACCGCGGCGUAUGUUAAAAGCUUGGAUGUUUCGUCGAGCAAUCCGCUCCAGCUGCAGCAGUUCAUCAAUGGGCACGAAUACUGCACGCAUGCGCUUAUUGUUCGCGGCAGGGUUAUGGCGUUCGUCGCGUGCCCCAGCUCGGACAUGCUCAUGCACUACGAAGCGCUGUCUCCGGAUAGCUAUCUGAGCAGGGAGAUGCUGGCGUUCACGCAGCGUGUGGCGGAAGACGGUGGGGAGGACUUCACCGGCCAUCUUUCGUUCGAUUUCCUGGUCGAAGGAGAGGGAAGAGACAUCCAGCUCUAUCCGAUUGAGUGUAACCCGCGGGCGCACACUGCGGUUGUGCUGUUUGCGGAUACGCCACAGAUGGCGGGAGCGUAUCUUUCCGUCUUCGAGUCUGACGAGACGCUGGACACUAGGGAGAUUGUCGUUCCGAGGUUGCCAACGCACAGCUACUACUGGCUGGGCCACGAUAUUGUCACGCUUCUCGUUCUACCGGUCCUUGCCCUAUUUUCCUGGCAAGUGGAGUUCGAAGAUGUAAUCGAUGCAGGGGUGGAGUUCUGGGAGCAUGUGCUGUGCUGGAGAGACGGGAUGUUUGCGUUGUGGGACCCGGUCCCGUUCUUCGUCUUGUAUCAUGUUUACUGGCCGAUGCAGUUUCUCAAUUGCGUUUUGAAAGGGCAGGGGUGGUCGAGGGUGAAUGUCAGUACGACGAAGGUGUUUCAGUCGUGAGGGAUGAGGAAGGAGAUAAUGGGCUGACAUUGAAGAAGGGUAUAUUCAAGUACUUAUUGCGCUCCUGACCUAAUCCGCCAUAACCAC